AUCUCCCCUUCAUUGGUAUCCGCUCAAUUGGUGAGCGCAAGGAGGCAUCAUGAUCUCUCGGGCGGUUGCUCCAUCCACGCACUCCUUCUCCCACAUCACCCCCCGCACAUUGCACACAGCAUCAACCGUUUCAUCCCAUGCGGCUCGAGAACCUCGACGACAGCAGCAGCAACAACGAGGCCUUGCUACUGUCCAAGAUGCGGCUGCAUCGCCUCCACGGACAUAUGGUGGCUUGAAAGACCAGGACCGCAUAUUCCAGAAUCUGUACGGACAUCAUGGCGCAGAUUUGAAAACCGCGAUGAAGUACGGCGAUUGGUACAGGACAAAGGACAUUGUAUUGAAAGGACAUGACUGGAUUAUUUCGGAGAUUAAGGCAUCCGGGCUAAGAGGCAGAGGUGGUGCUGGUUUCCCUUCUGGUUUGAAAUGGUCCUUCAUGAACUUCAAGGACUGGGAUAAAGAUAAUAAACCAAGAUACCUCGUUGUGAACGCUGACGAAGGCGAACCGGGAACUUGCAAAGACCGAGAAAUCAUGCGAAAGGAUCCCCAUAAGCUUAUCGAGGGCUGUCUUGUGGCAGGACGUGCGAUGAAUGCUACGGCCGCCUACAUCUAUAUCCGUGGCGAAUUCUACCACGAGGCCACAGUUCUACAGCGCGCCAUCCAGGAAGCUUACCAAGCUGGCUUGAUCGGUAAAAACGCCUGCGGAUCCGGUUAUGAUUUCGACGUUUACCUUCACAGGGGAAUGGGCGCUUAUAUCUGCGGCGAGGAAACUUCUUUGAUCGAAUCCCUUGAAGGAAAAGCUGGAAAGCCCCGCUUGAAGCCUCCGUUCCCGGCUGCCGUCGGUCUCUUCGGCUGUCCCAGCACAGUCACUAACGUCGAAACCGUCGCUGUGGCACCAACCAUCUGCCGUCGUGGAGGUAAAUGGUUCGCCUCAUUCGGGCGUGAGCGAAAUCAGGGAACCAAACUAUUCUGCAUCUCCGGUCACGUCAACAACCCAUGCACAGUUGAGGAGGAAAUGUCUAUUCCACUUCGCGAACUUAUUGAACGCCACUGCGGUGGUGUGCGAGGCGGCUGGGAUAAUCUACUGGCUGUUAUCCCAGGCGGCUCAUCAACUCCGAUUCUCCCAAAGCACAUCUGCGACGACCAACUGAUGGAUUUUGACGCUCUCAAGGAUGCGCAAUCCGGUCUUGGAACGGCAGCCGUGAUCGUCAUGGACAAAUCUACCGAUGUAGUAGCCGCCAUCUCACGCCUGUCCGCGUUCUACAAACACGAAAGCUGCGGCCAAUGCACACCAUGCCGCGAAGGAAGCAAAUGGACUAUGCAGAUGAUGCAGCGCUUCGAACGCGGUCAGGCCCGCGAACGGGAGAUCGACAUGCUUCAGGAACUCACCAAGCAAGUUGAGGGACACACCAUCUGCGCUCUCGGAGAGGCUUUUGCGUGGCCCAUCCAGGGCCUGAUCCGGCAUUUCAGACCAGAGCUCGAGGCUAGAAUACGCAAAUAUGAACAGGAUCACGGUGGUAAGCAGGCAUUUGCUGGGGGUUGGGACCCACAGGCGCGUAUGGAGGGAAAGCUUAUCGCUCCUGGCCAAUAAUUUACAUAUGAUAGAAUGGAUUUGCUGGAGGGGCUGGCUGCCUGCUUAGGUUUAGUUUAAAGCACUCCCGUAGACGAGAAAAGUGGUAAUGGGAGAGUCUUCUUGUUCCCCAUUAAACCACAUUAUCACCCACCACCUCCGUACCGCUCGAUAUGGAGAGGAAUAUUCUGUUUGCCAUAUGGCUGAAGAGAAAUGUUCCCUCUCCCACACACUUUGGCUAGAUAUUUUCCCUUAAUUUAUGUUGCUGUACUGUACAUUUAUUUCCCCGUUCCUUCUGCUCGUUAUAUGCGUAUUUAGGUUCCUAUUCUCACCUUCCUCUUACCCUUUUUUUUUGUACGGUAUGCUAAAGGAAACAAAAAUAUUCUCAUAGUUAAAAAUAAUCUCACCAUUCUCUUCUGGUAGG